AUGUCAUUACCAACAUUUUCUGAAAUAAUUUACAUUUCUUUAACACAGACAUAUGAAUCAAUAUUUUUAGGUGCCUUGAAAAACCAGCACAAACAAUUAGACAAGAACUGUUCUGAUGAGGAGCAACAAAGUGGAGACGAAGAAGACCAAAGUAAUGAACUUCUAUCUGACUCCCAGAACACACAGUUUGAUGAGGAUAUUCAGAUGUCUGAGUACGACCACAAUGACGAUCGGAAUGCGAAUGAAUCAAGUGAUUCUGAACAGGAGGAUCUAUUGAACAGCACAUCAGAAAAUCAAAGAGUCAAAACAGUCAACAAGAAAGGAGAUAAUCGUGCAGUAAUCGAUUCUGAAAAUUGCGAAAGUGAUCCUGACAGUGAUUUCAUAGACGAUGAGAAUAUUAGAGGAGCAAAGGUUGGUAGUAAAACACCCCAUACUUGUAAAGUGAUAAUAGAAAGAAAUUCUUCACUUAGGGAAAACAGUACUAGGAAAGGAAAGCUAGAGUCUCCCAAAGUACAAAAGACCCCAAACACAAAGAACAAUCUCACAAAAAGCAGAGCAGCUGAAAUGCCAGAAUUAUCUACUCCAAAGAUUAACUCGGGAGGAAGUACGAAAAAAAUGGGUCGACAGCAGAAUGUGAAAGACACUGGAACCACACAAAAAGUGGAGAAUGAAAAAGGCAAAGAGAACAAGAAUAGAGGCAAGGUGAGGGGUAAAAGUGGUAUCACAGAAAAGGAGGUGGAAGAGGGGCAGAGAGAUGACAUUUCUGUUGAGAGCAUUGAUGAAGAUUAUGACCAGAAUUUAAUAGAAUCGAGUGACUCUGAGCUUGAGGAUCCAUUUAGUAGUGUGGCUUCAAAUAAGAGCAUCAGUGAGCAAAAGUCACCGAAAAAGAAUGUAAAGAGCAAUCCCCUAUAUAAUUCAACAGCCAGGAGGGGUAAUGACAGUGAAGAAUCAGAUAUAUCAGAAGAUGAAAAGGAGGUUGUGGGGAAAGGUGGAAGGAAAUCUAUAAGAAAGAGUAAAGCAACAGUUGGGGAAAAGAAUACAGACAGUGAAAGCAGUGUAAAGAAAGGGAGACUUGAUACCACCAAACCCAACAAGACUCCAGUCCCAAGAAACAGCUCCAGAGUAUUAAAUAAAACAACAGAACCACCUGCAUCUUCCACACCAAAGAGAAGUGGACGAGGAACUUCCUUAAAAUUGCCUGUGCAGCAGAAGAUCAUCACACAAGCGGAGCUACAUGUCACAACUUCACCUUCGUCAGGGGAGGAGAACACAGAUGAUGAGGCUACCAGUAACGGUGUAUACCACAGUUCUGAUGACGAGCCAACCCCUGACCCAGCAGUGGGGGGUAGUAUCAGUUUAUCUCCACAGAGAGCCACAAAUGAUCCAGAAAGGUCCAAUCCUGCUGAAGAGUUCAGCUCCGAAUCAGAAUGGGAAGAAAAUGCCACCUUUCCAGAUUGUGCCAUAGUGAUAAGCAGCAUAAAGAAAGACUGGCUGCUAAAGAGAGAUAUGAUACCCGAGAAAGCCAAGGAGUUGUUUGAUGUGCAAUAUGCCAAAUCUUGGUCUCAAUCGCCAAGUUUUUCUAAUCAGCUGAGCGAUGAUCAUCUUCCUCAUAUCAUGAAAAUUGUUGCAGACAUGGUCAGGAACAAAAAGUUCAAAAAACUUGGCCAGUUGUUGACAGACUGCAACUAUCAGGUUAGCCAGAUGGAAUCCAUCAAUCACCUGUUAAGUCUUGAUGAUGACGCUAUAAAUAAUAUCAGAAAAUCUCUGCUUGAUGGUAUAGAGAACCAGGAGGUCAACGGAGAAGUUGUGCUCAUAAUGGACACCAAAUUAAACACGCUAUUUCUAAAGCUGAAUAACACUGUGGACAGACUUAGUAAAAUUAGGAAUCAACUCUUCCCAAAUAUGAAGGAAUUGUCAGGUUGUCUAUAUGAGUGGAAAGUAAGCACUGUGUCAGCCAUUACUCCCAACCCUUCAGAUGUUGACUUUGAGUGGAAGGGAAUCAAUGCUUGGCUGAACAAGGAAUGCUGGGAUAGCUGUGAACGGUGCAUUUAUCCUGCGCAAGACAUUUUUCUUGCAGCUGUGGAAAAUAAGAGCAUUGAAAAGUUAAUUGAAUGUCACUUUUCAAAGGAGGUAAAGAAUACUCAAAGGAAGUUGUUCUUUGUGAGGGCCAUGGAUGAUAUGGUUAACUUGGACAUGUUCCUUCAGAGACUGAUUGGUUCUUGUGCUAAUCACAGGAAUGCCCUCAUUAUAAGUCACGCAAAGCCACCCGUUACCUUAAAGUCUCUUUUGCCAUCCAGUUUGAGAAAAGGAAUAGAAGUGAAAGUAAUGAGUGCCUUUAAGCCUUCCAAUAAACAGGGUAUAUCUGUGGUUGUGAUCAGUGUAAGCAAUCCUAAUUGGCAGCAGCAGCAGAGAAGUUCAGGUACAGUUCCUGCCACAGCAAGUGAUGAUGAAAUAACACCUUGUCCAGAAGAUAAUGUACCCAGGGAUAGAAAACGCAAAAGUCUUCCUGUUAAAACCGGUGAUUCUUAUUCGAAACGCAAACGAAAAUCUUAACCAUUUCGGACAAGCAGAAUUUCUAACAGCAGAUGUGCAUGGUUAAGCUAUAUACACUGUACUACAUACAAAGUUAAGGUUUUUGCUGUGUUUAGUAGUGUCAAAGAGUAAAUUUUCACUGCCAGUUCCUUUUA